CUUUCAGUAACGCGUAGAGAAAGUGAAAGUGAAAAUUUGUUUUCAAGUUAUUUCAAACAGCCGACAGCUGUGUGGAUUAAAUGGGAGUUCUGUGAUCGGAAUUCUCUCGAAUAGCUCAGCCCCAAGAACCUACAGACGAGAGUAAGGAAACGAAUUAGUCAGGACACCGACUAUUGCUGGGAUUUUGAAAACAUUGACCGGUGUUGCAGAACGAUAAGGUAUGGAUCAGGAUAACGAACCCCAGCCACUAUCUGAUGAAAGUUGCUUAAGUUUUGAAAUCACUGCGAUUGAAAAUGGUAGUGAGAACAACGACACUAGCCUUAUUUCAGAAGCAAUUUGCCAAGCGAGGGAAGAAUUAGAGAAAUGGCAGAUGGACAUAUUGAAACUAGAAAAGGAAAAUUCUGACCUAAUUUGUAAAAAGUCGGAUGCAGAAGAUGAGAGGAAGCAAGCUACUAAUCAUCUUUGCAAGCUGAAUAGUGAGCGGGACAACUACAAAGAUGAAUUCCUGAAGGGAGUGAAGUCCUGUGAGGAGAUGCUUCGAGAAAAAAAUCAAAAAUGUAUCAAACUAAAAGAUCAAGUAGUUGAACUUGAAAAUGAUCUCCAAAGAAAAGAAGAUCUCUGUGACUCUCUUUGCACCAAGUUCAGGAUUAAGUUAAAGUUACCAGAGAAGAAUAUUAAGUUUAUCAAGUCUGAACAAAGUGUGCCAGUUGACCAAGAGUCGGAUGAGUUUCUGAAUAUAAAAUGCAUCUAUACCAUCCUUCCGAAAAUGUCAGUGGUUCUUCAGAAUGGACAGACCUUAAUUACUUUUGAAGACGAACAAGUCGCUUCCAGGAUUCUAAAAAUUGCCAAACAUCAGAUAGACCUUCAAUCUGAGAAAAUACAAGUGAAAGCUCAAUCAAUCCCAUCGGAUACAAUGCAACAAUUUGAGAUCCAUCUUAACAUCUCAAUGAAGAAGAUCAGGGUUUCUGAGAUUCCAAAUAAUCUUCCAGAACAGAUGAGGGAUAAGUUGGAAAUAAGCUUUUCAAAGUCUAGUCUAGGAGGAGGGGAAGUCGAGAGCAUUGAAUACCCUGCCUCUUCUGGAACUGCCAUCAUCACGUUUGUGGAGAAAAGAGUUGCUCAGCGUAUUGCAGAACAGAAGAAAUACCCCCUAAUAAUAAAUGGGAAAACAACUUGUUGGUUGAAAGUUGAACCUGUAAUGGGGAGUUACUUGAAGAAGUUUCAGGUAUUUAAUGGUGUUUCCAAAAGAUCUGUGCUGCUAUCAGACAUUAAGAGCACAAUGGAAGAAGAAGAAAUGCAGGACAAGCUGAAGAUCCAUUUUCAGAAACCAAGCAAGCAGGGUGGUGAAGUGGAGGAUAUAAAAUAUGUUCCAAAAGACAAACAUCUCUUGGUGUACUUUGAAGAGGACUCUGCUGAAAAGUAAUAUCCCGGCUUUAAGCACAUAUAACGUUUCUUUCAUUGCAGAUUAUUUUUGCUAUUUAUGUAAUAAGGCAUUUUCUUUAGAUCCCACUAAUUGGCUUUAUAAGACUUCUCUUUCUGGUUUACUUUUCUUGAGACGUAAACAUGUAUUUUAUCUAUAAUUUCCAUAAGACGUUUAUCUUGUUAAAUAUAUAUGUACGAGUGUGUUGUAUUUCAAUAGAUAACUAACACUCUGGAAUAUGAUAUAAUCUGCUACACAGAUAAAAAAAAUUAUACUCAUGUUCUUUAACAUUAACCAAGCUAGUCGAUUCACAAAAGAAAAUGAUUAAAGUAAAAUAUAUAAUGGAAUAACCUUUAAGGCAUCUAUCUACCUUAGUUGGACUUGCCUUUGUAUAUUUAGAUAUCUUAGACUUUUGUAUGGAAAUUUACAGAAAUUAUGAGCAGAUUAUGAGGAAACCAAUCUUUCACACUCAACGAACAGGGCAUUCAACUAAUUUCUAUCUUGAGUUAUUCAGAUAGUGAAUUAUAAAAUUAUGAGCGCAAGAUCUGACCACUAAAUCAUUGUGUCUGUUUUCCUUUGGCCUACUAUGUUUAUGGCAACCAUAAAGUCUUAAGGAAUAGUAGAAUUAGGUCAUUCAGCACAUCAAGUCUACCAUUCAAUCAUGGCUGAUCUAUUAUUCCCUCCUAACCCCAUUCUCCUGCCUUCUCCCCAUAACCUCUGACACCUGUACUAAUCAAGAAUCUAUCUUUGCCGUGAAAAUAUUCACUGACGGCCUCCACAGCCUCCUGUGGCAAAGAAUUUCGCAGAUUCACCACCCUCUGUGUGAAGAAAUUUCUCCUCCUCUCCUUCCUAAAAGAAUGCCCUUUAGUCCUGAACAGUAAACAAGGUACCUUUCCAGACCAGUGUCAUCUACCGAACAUCGUUCGUCAAAAGACUUAAAAAAUAACAUAGUUCUUCGUAAAAAGAUUAUCCUUGAAAAAAUUACUGUUUUAAAUAAUAAACAAUUAAUAUUCAAAUAAUCAGCCUACCUUUUAUUUAUAUAUCUUGGAAAAUCCUUCAAGAGUCGAAGCCGAUCACUCGGGUCUUGUGGGUUUUGAUGUGACUAAUAAAGCUAGUGGCAGCCUAAUGAAUAUAAUUUGUAAGGUGUUUAAGAAGGAACUGCAGAUGCUGGAAAAUCGAAGGUAGACAAAAAUGCUGGAGAAACUCAGCGGGUGAGGCAGCAUCUAUGGAGCGAAGGAAAUAGGCAAUGUUUCGGGUCAAAACCCUUCUUCAGACCUUUGUAAGGUGCUGUGCUUUAUUAUGCAGAUCUGAAGCAUGGACAAGGUUCUCAAUAUUAUCCCAAACAGUCCUUUGAUAUUUUCUGGAUGUCAUGGUGCAGGGAUUCCCAGGAAUCAGUUGGAAUUACACAUUCCUUCACCGAAUCUUUGAACACAGGCUUGAAUCUUUUUUUUUCUUUGGAGUGACUGUGUAAGGUCUUCAAAUCUGGCAAAUAGUUGCACCAAAAGUGACUGUGCUCAGACUGAAAAGCGCAUGAAUCUCGGUGGUCAAGAUGCAGCAU